GCCAUGUCUCUGCUCUCAGAUCUCCUCAACCUUGACCUCUCCGACUCCACGGAGAAGGUCAUUGCCGAAUACAUCUGGAUUGGAGGAUCUGGAAUGGACAUCCGGAGCAAAGCAAGGACUCUCCCAGGGCCUGUCAGUGAUCCCAGCAAGCUUCCAAAGUGGAACUACGAUGGUUCGAGCACAGGUCAAGCUCCUGGAAAAGACAGUGAAGUGAUUUUGUAUCCUCAAGCCAUUUUCAAGGACCCAUUCAGGCGGGGAAACAACAUUCUUGUGAUGUGUGAUUGUUAUACACCUGCUGGGGAGCCAAUUCCCACCAACACAAGAUACAAUGCCGCUAAGAUUUUUAGCCACCCUGAUGUCGCUGCUGAAGAACCUUGGUAUGGAAUAGAGCAGGAGUAUACUCUUCUUCAGAAAGAUGUGAACUGGCCUCUUGGGUGGCCUAUUGGAGGUUAUCCUGGUCCUCAGGGUCCUUAUUAUUGCGCUGCUGGUGCGGACAAAUCUUUUGGGCGUGACAUAGUUGAUAGCCAUUACAAAGCCUGUCUUUAUGCAGGGAUUAACAUCAGCGGUGUCAAUGGAGAAGUCAUGCCAGGCCAGUGGGAAUUUCAAGUUGGUCCUGCUGUUGGCAUCUCUGCCGGCGAUCAAGUAUGGGUUGCUCGCUUUAUAUUGGAGCGAAUUACUGAAAUUGCUGGUGUGGUGCUCUCCUUGGAUCCAAAGCCAAUUCAGGGUGAUUGGAAUGGUGCCGGUGCUCACACAAAUUACAGCACCAAAUCCAUGAGAAGUGAUGGAGGGUUUGAUGUCAUAAAGAAGGCAAUUGAAAAGCUCGGCUUGCGGCACGAGGAGCACAUUGCUGCCUAUGGAGCAGGUAAUGAGCGCCGGCUUACUGGAAAACAUGAGACUGCUGAUAUCAACACCUUCCAAUGGGGAGUUGCAAAUCGUGGGGCAUCCAUUCGUGUUGGCCGUGACACUGAGAAGAAUGGCAAAGGGUAUUUUGAAGACAGAAGGCCUGCUUCCAACAUGGAUCCCUAUGUGGUUACCUCAAUGAUUGCAGAGACUACCAUCCUCUGGAAACAAAAUUAA